AUGAGUGUUCCGGCCUCGGAGAACGCGAUGCUGCCCCUGGAGCUCACACUCGUCCUCGCAGCCACCCGGGACAUGGGCAUCGGCCUGCGAGGGACUCUCCCCUGGACUGGAUUGAAGAAGGAGAUGGCUUAUUUUGCCAGGGUUACGAAACGACUUCCUCCUCAAGUUGAACCUCCUGUGAUGAAUGCUGUGAUCAUGGGGCGCAAGACAUGGGAGAGCAUACCGCCCAAAUUUAGACCGCUGAAGGGAAGACUCAACGUAGUCAUCAGCCGAUCCUUUGGACCGUCACCAGAAGAGCCAAGCAGUGUGGAGACAGACCCAGUGAAGGCCUCUUCUCUCGAGCAAGCCAUCGCAUAUCUGCAACAGAAGCCACAGGGAAGCUUAGGGCGAGUUUUUGUGAUAGGUGGUGGCCAGAUCUACGCCGCGGCCCUGCAAAUGAAGGAGGCAAGGAGGGUGCUGCUUACGAAGGUGAUGUCCGAUUUCGAGUGCGACACAUUCUUUUCACUGAAGUUGGACGGCGAGGGCGAGAGCUCUUUGGAGUGGGCGAAGAGGUCAAAACAGGAACUCGACAGCUGGACUGGAGAGGUGGUUCCUGACGGUAUUCAAGUGGAAAACGACACGUCCUAUGAGUUUCAGAUGUGGGAGAGGACGAAUUGA